AUGAAGUGCUACAUCUCUACAGACCAGCAUGGUUUUAUGCCUGGACGAUCGGUUACCACGAAUUUAUUGGAUUUUACGCAUACUUGUUUUACACAACUGGAAGCAAAAUGCCAAGUGGACGUGGUUUAUACGGAUUUGAAAGCCGCAUUUGACAGAAUUGACCAUCGUAUACUAUUGCGCAAAAUUAACCUGCUUGGUGCCUCUGACAGCUUUGUUGGAUCACCCUUAAUAGGAUGCCGACAUGAAUGCGAAAGCGACAGCGAAUGUGGCGCUCAGGAAUAUUGUUCUCAAUUCCGAUGUUUAAACGCUUGUUCUCAAUGUGGCAAAGGAGCAACAUGUACCCACGUUACGCAUCAUCGUGCAUUGUGCGAAUGCCCAAAAGGAUACAUUGGUAGUCCUUACUCCGAAUGCAGAGCGGAAUGCUACGGUGAUAGUGAGUGCCCACCUGGUAGACCUGCUUGCAUUUAUGGUAUAUGUAAAAAUCCGUGCGAUAGAUCAUGUGGAUUUAAUGCAAACUGUAAACUAAAAGGACUUACACCAAUAUGCAGCUGUCCUCGUGAUAUGACAGGUGAUCCGUUUGUUAGCUGUCGACCAUUUACGAAGGAAGAUUUAUGUGACCCGAAUCCAUGUGGGCUUAAUGCGAUUUGUACACCAGGCUAUGAUCGUAACAAUCAAGAAAGACCUGUUUGUACCUGUCCAGCUGGGUAUACGGGCAAUGCACUUUCCAACUGUGUUAAGGGAGAAUGUCAGAGCGAUAGCAUGUGUGCCGAUAAUAAAGCAUGCGUUAAUUAUAUGUGUGUUGAUCCAUGUGCUGGACAAUGCGGAACAGGUGCCCAGUGUCAGGUGAAACGGCAUAUAGCUCUAUGCACAUGCCCAGUGGGUACCCAGGGCGAUGCAUUGGUGAUUUGCAGAGCUGCAAAAAGCUAUCCUGUAGCAAAAUAUCAUUGAUAUAAACCCUAAAUGAUAUUCGCCUACUGUAACAUAUCGAAUAUCCAUAAUAAUAUUAUAAUAACAUUAGGGGUCAUCACAUCGAGCUCGUAUACGAAUACCCAGCCGUAAACUGUGUAUCUUCCAUUACUCGUCAAUGGAGGUGAGUAUUUUUACGGCUGGGUAUUUGUUUACGAGCUCGAAAUGAAUACCCAUAUCAUUUAAAAUAUAUGUAUAACCCAACUAUAAGCAAAGUCACCGCUCGUGUAGCUUAAAACAACACUGCUCAUAUUUUUGUAAAGCAUGAAACCUUAAUUAAAAGCUGCAAUUUUAAUUUAUUUUAAGGAAAAAGAACUCUAACAAAAGUAAAAAUAUCUAUAGCUUUACUCAACCAUUCUCCUGGUUUUAUCCAUUCAUUUUACCCAUUCGGAUAUUUGUCGUUUGACCAUUCGUUUUGUCUAAUUUUGAUGUAUUUAAAUAAAAUAUGUACAAAGAA